AUGGCUGGAAUGAACAAGAAUCAACAAUCAAAUUGGUGGUGGCUUGAUACUAACACUAAUACCAAACGUUCCCCUUGGCUUCAAUCCACUCUAUCUGACCUAAAUGAGAAGACGGAUGCAAUGUUAAAGUUAAUAGAAGAAGACGCAGAUUCCUUUGCUAAACGCGCAGAGAUGUAUUACAAGAAACGACCCGAGCUUAUAAGCAUGGUUGAAGAUUUUUAUCGGACACACCGCUCGUUAGCUGAGCGGUAUGAUCAAGUCAAACCCGACACAGGAAUCAGCCACCUCAUGCCAGGAGGAUCACCUUUUGCUUCGGCUAAGUAUCAGAUAGAGAAACUGAUUAGUUUUGCAGAUACCGGUUAUGAUACCUAUUCGGAGAAUUUCGAUGUAGACGAGUCUGUGGAGUCUGAAGUUGAUGAUCCCGAGCAAGAAGAAAAAGAGGAGACCAAAUUUAGUUACACAAAAGAAGAGCGAGUUUCGUCUGUGGCUGUCGCUGUCGCUGUCAACGACGAAGUAAUGAAUCUAAAAAACGAGAUUAAGAGAAUAAAGGAAGAGAAUGAGAUUCGUAAGGAGCAGUUGAAACAGAAAGAUACUGUUUGUGAUGAAGUAAUGAAGUUGAGGGAAGAAAUAGAAAAACUAAGGGAAGAGAAUGAGGAACAAAAGGAACAACUGAAGCAAAAAGAUGAACAGAAGAUAGAGGUGAUUAAACAACUGAGUUUAGCAGUAGAUUUGUUGAAGCAAGACAAUGUGAGCAUGAGAAGCUUCAUUGCUAACGAGUCCACUAAGAAAUGGAAAUUUCCAUUUGAGUUCAACAAAUUUGGUGGAGCAUUUUCUGUGAAAUUGUUUAAUGGGACUCAAAGGAAUCAGCCUAGUGUUGAGCUCUCUACAAGACGCGGUUAA